AUGACAAUAUUUCUAGGCGUGUACAGUGUACUUUAUGACUAUGAGGCGCAAACGGAUGAGGAAUUGAGUGUGAAGGAGGGCGAUUUGCUGUAUCUUUUGGAAAAGUCAGAAGUGGACGAUUGGUGGACAGUGAAGAAAAGGGUCAUUGGGUCGGAUCAAGACGAGCCUGUGGGUCUAGUUCCAAGCAAUUACAUUGAAGAAGCGCAAGUCAAUGGGAGUGUAGUCGCACUCUAUGACUAUGCGGAGGUUCAGAAUGCUAAUGAGGAGUUGGUUUUCCAUGAGGGAGAUGUGUUCAGCUUGUAUGAUGAUAGGGACCCAGACUGGUUCUUGGUGAAGAAUUCCAAAACAGGAGAAGUCGGGUUUGUUCCGGGCAAUUACGUGGAGAAACAGGGCUCUGCUCCAGCAGCAUCAGCAUCAGCAUCAACAUCAACACCAGCGCCUGUUCCGAUCUCUGAACUUCCCCCACCACCUCAAAGGGUAGACUUAAAACCAGCCACACAGUCGUCAGAAAAACAUACUUCCGCCGCAUCAAUGUCGUCCCCAACUACAGAAGUGCAAAAGUCUCACGCUCACGCCGAGCCUGCCGCACCGGCGAUGCCACAAAGACCAUCUACAACAGACCAUCAAACCAGCUACGGUGAGGAACCAUCAUCGCAAAGAAAAUCUAGAGCAUACGAUAAUUAUGAAGAUGAUGAAGAUGAUGAAGAUAUCCCUCCAUUGCCAAGCAGAAGCGGUGCGACUGCUACGACUGGGGCUGCUCGUUCUUCUUCUUCAGGUGCACCAUCAUCAACUGUGGAACAUGUGUGGUCUGUCAACGAAAUUGAUGGCCGUAAGAAGAGAAAAGCGAAAUUGACUGUGUCUGCAGACCGUAUCCAUUUCUUCUCAGCAAAGACAAAAGUCGAUCAAGAGUGGGGGGUAGCAGAUUUAAUAAGUUAUGAUAAUGAAAAGAAACACUUGUUCUUGGAAUUCAAGAAUCCCUACAUUAAUCUAGAAUUGCAUACAGGUUCCACCGACACUGCAAACGAAAUCAUUGGCGUCUUAGGUGAAAUUAAAGGAGCUCAUGUGGCAGUCGGUUUACGUGAAGUUAAAGAUGCCUCAAGACCCGUCUUGAUGAAGAAAAGAGCCAAGGUUAUAUAUGAUUUCUUUGCCAAUGCAGAUGAUGAACUUACCGUUAGAGAGGGAGAAUAUGUCAACAUCUUGGACGACAAAACUUCCAAAGACUGGUACAUGUGUGAAUCGGUCGAAACGAACAAAAGAGGUAUAGUUCCUGCUCAAUUUGUUCAAACACGUAAAUCAGGCUCAGGUUCACAAGGUGAUAAAGAUGUUAGCCCUUCAAAGCAAAGGACAAGAUCUAGGUCAAAUACCACUAGGUCAAUGAGCUCUGCGGGAAACCAAAACUUACCAGGAAGCUGGAAGGAGGAUGCCGAUCAGGAUCUUUCCAAAAAGAAGUCCAAGACUGGUGGAUUUUUCUCGAAGAAGAAGAAAACUGAGUCAAAGACAUCAUCAUCAUCUUCUCAACAUGCUGAUAAAGAAAAGGACUUCCCUGAUCCAAAGAAGGUUCGUAUUUGGGUAGACAGAACAGGAACCUUCAAGGUGGAAGCUCAAUUUUUAGGGUGUGUUGAUGGGAAAAUUAACUUACAUAAAGUCAAUGGUGUUAAGAUUGCUGUCGCUGCAGAUAAACUCUCAGAGGACGAUAUUCUUUACGUUGAAAGAUUGACUGGUAUGUCUAUGGAAAAGUACAAGCCUAGAUCAAAGAGCACAAAUGGCGACAGUAGUGUUGUUAACCAAGAACGUGAAAGAAGAAGAAAGUUAAAGGAACGUGAACGUGAAUUGGAAGAGAGAGAGCGUGAUCGUCAACUAAGAGAACAAGAGCUAAAAGAGUUGCAAAGAACCAGAGCCCUACUUGAACAGGAGAGAGAGAAGAUGAGACAGGCGCAAGAUAAAGAGCUGCCUCCCGUCCAACCACCUAGACCAGGUAGUGAAGGCUCAAAGCAACAUCGUUCUGUUCCUUCCACAACAAACAAACCAGAUUAUGACUGGUUCGAAUUUUUCCUAAAUUGCGGUGUUGACGUAAAUAACUGUCAACGUUAUACUAUAAACUUUGAAAGGGAGCAAAUUAGUGAAGAGAUUUUGCAAGACAUUGAUCCAACCUUGUUAAGGAACUUGGGCUUGCGCGAAGGUGAUAUCUUAAGAGUGAUGAAAUAUUUGGAUAACAAAUAUGGCAGAAAACAGGAAGCUUCUCCAUCAACUGGAUUGUUUACCGAAGCGGAUGGUACCCUCAAAGUCAAUCAUACAGGAGCCGCAAACUCGGCUGGUGUGUCACACAACCUGCUGCCUGCAGAGGCACCUGCAAGUAAGGAUGAUGAUGCUUGGACGGUCAGACCUGCUGCCAAAGCAGCUGAAACUUCCAACAAGUCACAUGACUUCUCUGGAUCCUUACAAGAUUUACUAGACCUAAAACCCUUGGAACCAAAGAAGAAGGAGGCUCCUGCACCAGAUGUGAAGCAUUUGGAACCAGUUUCUGCUCAGCAUACUAGCAAGCCUGAGGAGAGUGUAACAGAAAACAAAACUGGUACGUCUUUGGUACCAUUGGAUCCAUUCAAAACUGGUGGUAAUAACUUGAUCCCAAUAGCAACAGGCGGGAUUGUUAUGAUGCCAGUGGCAACAGGCGGGUUGGUCCCAUUCCAAGCAACUGGUGGUUUCUUACCAAUGCAAAGAACUGGUGGGCUCGUCACGAGUCAAUCAACUGGUUUCCUCCCACUGCAAAGAACAGGAGGAUUGGUCGCACCUCAAACUACUUUCGGGAUGCAUCCAACUGGUACCGUUUUACCUGUACAAAAGACUGCAAACGGUUUGAUUCCAGCUAAUACUGGCGGUCUAAUUCCUCAAACAACUUUCGGAUUACAACAAUCCAGUACUUUCACUGGAAACCUUAAUGCAGGGCCAUUACCACUACAAAGAACAGGAGGAGGAUUACCACAAACUUCUUUUGGUGCCCAACCUUUACAACCAACCACGACAUUUGGAAACCAAUUUACUGGAGGUGCAAAUAUACAGCCUGUCAACACUUUUGGAAACCAGCUUACCGGAGGUGCUAUGGGUAUGCAACCUCAAACAGCCUUUGGAAACCAGCUUACAGGUGGUGCAAUGAACAUGCAACCUCAAACCACCUUUGGUAACCAACUGACAGGUGGUAUGAAUAUGCUACCGCAAACCAGCUUCGGUAACCAACUAACAGGGGGUAUGAAUAUGCAACCACAAACAACAUUUGGUAAUCAGUUUACCGGAGGUGCAAUGAAUAUGCAACCGCAACCCAAUUUAGGUAAUCAAUUGACUGGAGGUCAACUCCUUCAACAAUCUCAGAUAUCAUUUAAUAACCAAUUGACAGGAGGUGCUAACAUGCCACAACAAUUCGGCACAAGUAUACCUCAAACCUCCUUUGGAGCUUUACAACCUACUGGCGGUUUCCAACCACAAUCUUCAUUUGGCCUGAACUUACAAAGAACUGGUGGUAUGAAUGCGGGUCCACAAACUUCUUUCAACAAUCAAACUAGUGUGAACCAAGUCACCACUUCUUUCCAAAAUAUGGGAUUGUCCCAACAACCUUUGCAAAACCAACCAACAGGUUUUGGUUUUGGUAAUGGGCCACAAGCUCAACAACAAAGACAAGCAAAUAUAUAUAAUGCUUCAGCAGAUAAUCCGUUUGGAUUUUAG